GGCGGCGGGCCGCGUCUCUUAGCGACGGGGUGGCGCCAUGCGUGGCGCCCGAAGCUGGCUGCUCGCCCUGCUGCUGGCGCGGCUGGCCGUCCGGAGCCAGGGCACCCCGCCUGCAGCCGCCGUGCUCGCCGCAGAGACCGCGCAUGGGGCUGCUUCCCGAAGCGAGAGACCUGCCGGCGCCCAGAUCGCCGCUACCGGGUCCCGCUGCCACGGUCCCGCGGCCCCGCUCCGCCGCCGGACAGCCCGCGCUGCGCGCCCCCGCCCCGGCGCCCGCGGCCUGCGCGACGCUGGGGCCGCGGUCUCGCCCGGCUUCUCCGGCGGCGGGAGCUCUGUGAGCCAAGUGUGCGUGGAAGAAUCACUCAUGUUCAGAAGUAACACCCCUUAUCAUACUGAUACCAUGGCUACCCCUGGUGGACACGGUCUGCUGUUCUGUGUGCAGCUGGAUGACUCGAAGCUGAACUAUUUCCAACAGCCACAGCAUAUUAAAGAUUCCGAUUUUUCAAAGUUCUUAGAGAAGUAUGGCGAACACUCUUUCUUAGCACCAUCACAAAUCCAGACAUCAUUCUCUGCCUUUUACCGGGUUGGUGACCCAAUUCUAAUCUACUUUGAUUCGUCAUCUGUACUGAGCACGCUUAGACAACCAGUAAAAACAGGAGCCAGUGGACUUUGUGUUGACGGAAACCCUGCCGGCUUCCUGGACAAUAAAAGCACAAGCUGUACUCGGAUUUUUGCCAACUUGAGCAAGAGCUGCAUUACUGACCCUGCCCUAGAUGCUGCCUUCUACUACCGGGACUUCACCGUGCUAAAGGUCCCAAUUAACGACACCAUUGCACCGUCCAUGAAGGUAAAGGUCACCGCAAUUGCACCACCUGGAGCGCCUCACAUGAAAGACAACAUGUGUAACAAUGUUGUUUCCGAGGUGAUUUAUGAGAUAGAAUUCAGCGGCACACGUGGGAUUCAGAGUGUUUCUGUCCGGUUCAAAGUGAGCAAUGUCUCUGUGAACUCUGGGUCCUCUCUGCAGCAGCACUUCACUCUGCACUUCUGGACCAGGACUCUUUCUGAUACAUUACCUAGAAGUGGAAACCCUGGUUAUAUCACUGGAGCACCACUGUUGAUUGCAAACAAUGGUGCCAUGCAACAUAUGAGCAUUUUGCGGAGUGAAGGUGAUGGAGGUUGCUCACAGUUCCUCAGACACACAGUGCAGUUUGGAAGAAAUAUGAGGACAGGCUGCAAGUUCAGCCUAUCCCCAAUACUGGAAGAAAGUAAUUGUAGUUACAUCCAGCAGAAGUUAUACGAGGCUUUUCAGGGAAUGAACAGAGCAGAGGACCUUGCUAUAACUGGCAGUUCUCAUUCAACCCAGGCAGAAGAGUGGACGGCCAUUCUGAUUCAGAAUUGCAGCGUGCAGGCUGUGAAUUGCACUUCCUGUUGCAUGGUUCCCGUGAUCCUGGAGAUACAGAUAUUGUGGACUAAGUUGGGCCUCCUGUCUAACCCACAAGCUCAAAUACUGGGUGCCCGGUACUUUUAUCAGUGUCAGCCGCUGAAGUUCCUGAACACAAGCAAGGUGCCUUUGACAACUGUUGUUACCUUUGCUGACAUGACGGAAUGGCCGGAACCUCCACGAGGCCAGCCACAAGGGCACUGGAAACUCCCAUAUGACAUCUUUUACCCGUUCAAGGUGGUUCUAAAUUUGGAAGGAAGUUACAGAGAUUAUCUGGCUGGCUAUUUUUUCUUGACUCUAAUAAUAUCUAGUAUUCUCUGCUUUUAAAAAGUAAAAUAGAUGGGGCCUGUACUUCAAUGUUGGUAAGUAAAUUGAAACGUUCAGAAUGUGAUCCAGAUCAGACUUUUCUCCUCUGGUUCUUAUAGCGGGCCUACAAUGUCUAUGUGCCUUCUAUUCUUGGAUUAAGCCACACAACUGGCUUCUGUCCCAUGUCUUCCCAUGCUCGCAUUUUCUGUGUGCAAACCUCACUGCAGUGAAACACUGGAGCACUGCAGGAAUCAAGAGACAUUGCAUUAGAAUGAGCAUUCCAUGUUCCCAGAAACUAAGUGUAUCUUCUAAAUCAAGGAGUAUGGAUAGAGGAACAAAGUUCAGUCCAAGCGCUUUGGAGCUGCACUCAGUCAUCUUCCUCUUGGAGAAGCACCUGAUUUUUCUACAUGGACCUAACUGAACAUUUAAAAUACAGGAGCCUUCCCAGGCAGGCUGAAUUAUUAUUUUAUGAGUAGACAUGUCUGCCACUCACCUUUAACCUGUCCUUGUUACAUGAUAACUAUGCCUCUGACAGUUUUUCACUCUUUUCUAUGUCUCUUCCAGUACUAAUAUUAAAUAUUAGUAUUUUAAUCACCUUUUGCAUUAGCAAUAGUGUCAGUGAAAGCAAAGUAAUUGUAAAUAUCUCCUCCUCUGAAAUAGAAAUGAAUUUUAAUUGUUCAUUAGGACAGAUUCUUUCCUGAUUAUUUUUUUUUUUCUUGAAGAAACAGGCCCAAAUAUCGUUUAUCCUAGAUAAGAAAGAUUGUCUUGUGACUCCAGAUAGGAACUGCACUGAUAAUGGUAGCCACUGAAAUGCUAUGUAGUACAUCAGAAAGAGUUGUGGUUAGUCUUUAAGAAUAAAUUAUUUUUGCAAGAA